GCGGCGGCCCUGCAGCCCGGGCGGGCGGCAGGUGGGAGCGGGCUGCGGCCGGCGGUGAGCGGAGCGGGGCGGGGACGGGAUGGGCUGCGCGCCCAGCAUCCACGUCUCGCAGAGCGGCGUGAUUUACUGCCGGGACUCGGACGAGUCCAAUUCCCCCCACCAGACCACCACCGUCUCGCAGGGUGCCUCCACACUGCACGGCCUCUUCGUCAAGAGCGACGCGGCCGACUCCAUCCCCGCCGUCCUCGCCUACCAGAGCCGGCAGCCGCCGCCCUGCUCCGGCCCCCGCCGCAGGGAGCCCAGGGCGCCGCGCUGCUGCGGCAUCGAGGCGGAGACCCAGACCGGCAGCGCCAGCCUCAAGCAGGCUUCAGCUACAGAGGUACAAAUUGGGCCUAUGAGACUGACACAAGAUCCAGUUCAGGUUUUGCUGAUCUUUGCAAAAGAAGACAACCAAAGUGACGGCUUCUGGUGGGCCUGUGAUAGAGCUGGUUACAGGUGCAACAUUGCCCAGACUCCAGAAUCAGCACUUGAAUGUUUCCUUGAUAAGCACCAGGAAAUAAUUGUUAUAGAUCACAGGAAUUCCAGAUAUUUUGAUGCAGAAGAUAUCUGCAGGUCUAUUCGUGCCACAAAGCCAUCAGAACACACUGUAAUACUUGCUGUGGUUCCACGCACAUCUGCUGAUCAAGAAGAGACUUCUGUUCUUCCCCUUCUUAAUGCAGGCUUUGAUAGGCGAUUCAUGGAGAAUAGCAGCAUAACUGCUUGUUACAAUGAACUCAUUCAAAUAGAACAUGGGGAAGUGCGAUCUCAGUUCAAAUUACGGGCAUGUAAUGCAGUAUUUACAGCAUUAGAACAUUGUCAGGAAGCAAUAGAAAUAACCAGUGAAGAUCGUGUUAUUCAGUAUGUUAAUCCGGCCUUCGAGCAUAUGAUGGGGUAUCAGAAGGGAGAGCUCAUUGGCAAGGAACUUACUGAGCUGCCCAAAAGUGAUAAAAACUGUGCAGAUCUGUCAGAUGCUAUCAACGCAUGUAUUAAAAAAGGAAAGGAGUGGCAAGGGGUUUACUAUGCAAGAAGAAAAUCUGGAGACAGUAUCCAGCAACAUGUGAAGAUAACACCAGUGAUUGGUCAAGGAGGGAAGAUCAGACACUUGGUGUCCCUCAAAAGGCUGCGUUGUACUAACGAAAACAACAAGCAGCUCUGCAAGAGUCAACGCGAUGAGAAUUAUUCAGGAGACAGUUCUCAGUCAGAAUCCCAUUCCUUCAAAUGCAAGAACAGAAGGAAAGACUCAGUUGAUGUUAAGUCGAUAACUUCACAAAGUAGUGAUGCUCCAAGUUUACAGACCCGGCGGUACUCUUCUAUGGCAAGGAUCCACUCAAUGACAAUAGAAGCUCCUAUCACAAAGGUUAUUAACAUAAUUAAUGCUGCCCAGGAAAACAGCCCCAUCACUGUAGCAGAAGCCUUGGACAGAGUUCUAGAAAUCUUGCGGACAGCAGAACUUUACUCCCCUCAGCUAGGUACCAAAGAUGAGGAUCCUCACACAAGUGAUCUUGUUGGAGGUCUGAUGACUGAUGGCUUGAGAAGACUGUCUGGAAAUGAGUAUGUGUUUUCCAAGAAUAUGAACCUGAGCCAUAGUCACCUUUCAGUGCCAAAUACUAUCAAUGAUGUUCCACCUUGUAUUGCACAGCUCCUGGAUAAUGAGGAAAGCUGGGACUUCAAUAUCUUUGAAUUGGAAGCUGUUACAAAUAAAAGGCCACUAGUAUAUUUAGGCUUAAAAGUUUUUGGCCGGUUUGGGGUCCCUGAGUUUUUGAACUGCUCAGAAGCCACACUGCGAGCAUGGCUGCAGGUGAUGGAAGCCAACUACCACUCCUCCAAUGCAUACCACAACUCCACGCACGCUGCGGACGUCCUGCAUGCUACUGCCUUCUUUCUGGGAAAGGAGAGAGUUAAGGGAAGCCUUGGCCACUUAGAUGAAGUGGCUGCAUUGAUAGCAGCCACCAUUCAUGAUGUAGAUCACCCUGGACGGACCAACUCUUUCCUGUGCAACGCAGGCAGUGAAUUAGCUGUCCUUUACAAUGAUACUGCUGUGCUAGAGAGCCAUCACACAGCACUGGCAUUUCAGCUGACAGCUAAGGACAGCAAAUGCAACAUUUUCAAGAAUAUUGAUAGAAAUCACUAUCGGACAUUGCGCCAGGCCAUUAUUGAUAUGGUUCUGGCAACAGAGAUGACAAAGCACUUUGAACACGUGAACAAAUUUGUGAACAGCAUCAACAAGCCAAUGGCAUCUGAGGAGACCACCUCACAUAGUGAAGGCAGUGACUGUGAAUGUACAGCCAACAUGAAGAACUUUCCAGAUAACCAAACACUGAUCAAGCGUAUGAUGAUUAAAUGUGCAGAUGUAGCAAAUCCAUGUCGUCCCCUAGAACUAUGUAUUGAAUGGGCAGGGAGGAUUUCAGAGGAAUAUUUUGCACAGACAGAUGAAGAGAAGAGACAGGGUCUCCCUGUUGUGAUGCCAGUAUUUGAUAGAAAUACCUGCAGCAUUCCCAAGUCUCAGAUUUCCUUCAUUGAUUAUUUUAUAACAGACAUGUUCGAUGCAUGGGAUGCAUUUGCACACCUGCCUGUUUUGAUGCAACACUUGGCCAAUAACUACAAACACUGGAAAAUGCUGGAUGAGUUAAAAUGCAAGAGUCUCAGGCUUCCAUCAGAAAACAACAACUGACACUAAAACAAGAAAAACAGACCUCCCAAUCUACCAGUUCCACUGUGAAUUGCUUACUAACUUGGAUACAACGGGGAUAGUGUUUCCUUUCAAGUGAAACUAGACUGUUUGUGAAGAACAAAGUAUUUUAUCUACCAUUUUUAAGCUUCUCUGAAUUCCACACAAAAAUAUUUUCAAAAAGGCCAUAAACAAGUGCACUUUGGAAAUAUCAUUUUAUGGCAGAUAAGGUACUUCCAAAACUAAUUUCUAGUAACAAAUAUAAAUCUGUCGAAUCUUGAAUCAAAUGCAACUGUAUCCGCUAACACUUCACACAGCUGUUCCUCAGAAACAGGUAAUCUAGUCACCAGGAAAAUAGUAAGUUGAAAAACAACCAUAAACGCUUCUCAGUUACCUAGCAUAAAUCUGCUCCAAUUCUGCCAAUGUUCUUUAGCUCUUUCAACCACAGCUGUAGAGAGAGCAUGCACAGUAGAACAAGUAAACCUCAAGAAACUGGGCACACUAAAAACAAACCCAGCACCGUUAAAAGCAAAACUUUCAUUACAGACAAUAUAAACCUGCCCUUCCUUUUCUAUAUAAGAAGUGAAAUUCCUGUAAAUUGGUUAUACAGCGGAGGAAAAUAAGCAAGUUCUGUGUAAUU